UAAUACAAAAAGCCACUUGAGCCCUUACAUUUGUGAUUUUUAAGGAACGUUUUGUUACUUUGCCUCACCUCAGAACAACCAAUUUUCUGUUAUAGAAUCGUUGUUAUAUAAAACAGUGGUAUUAUACAGCGUUUAAACUGAGAUUUUUUAACAAAAUAAAAAGAAUUAACAAAUUUUUCGGUUUCUCAACGGCUCUGGCACCAUUUACAGUUAGUAGCCUACGUUAGAGAUUUGGCGCGUUUGUCGACAUUUUGCUAUUUCGUGGUUUGUCCAGUCGAAGCUAUACAUUUGAUAGCCAUAGGAGCUCUGAAUACUGGGGGAUUUAUUAGGAUGUGUUUAUAAAAAUACAUUUAAUUUGCGAAGGGCUACGCGAGCAUAACUAGUGACUUGGCGUGCAGACACGCAGUAGAGCCGCUAGAGGGCAGGAGGCGCUGAGCGCUGCUUCUUGCUUUCAUUCAUUCAUCAGCUGAGAGCACAGCCGCCGCUCUCCGGUCACAUCCAGCAGAAACUACAGAGACACUUCUGAAGAUGCGCACAUGUCCUCCCGCCGAGAACAACACCAGGGGUGCUCUGAAGAAGCCGGUAACAAAUGAUGUGUUCAAACAAGAAUAUGAAAGAUCCUUGUUCUCUGACAGACCAUUAAAAAAGAGACGAUGGGAGAAGACAACAGGAGCACCUCCACCGGGACAUGGACUCUCAUCCCCCCAUCGGGGAGCCCCCUUGACCUCAUGCCCAAUUACGACAUCCCCCUGGAUUACGAGGUUCCGAUGGACGAGAUCCCAGACACGACUCAGGGACGAGCGUUCUUCGUGGCUAAAAUCAUUAUCGCGGUGGUCCUGGUCUGCAUCAUGCUGGUCUGCGGUGUUGGGAACUGCCUCUUUAUAGCCUCAUUGGCACGCUACAAAAAACUAAGGAAUCUCACCAAUUUACUCAUCGCCAACUUGGCAAUAUCAGACUUCCUGGUGGCCACUGUGUGCUGUCCCUUUCUGGUGGAUUAUUACGUGGUCAAACAGCUGUCAUGGGAUCAUGGGAUUGUGCUUUGCGUCUCCAUUAACUACCUUCGGACCGUGUCUCUCUACGUGUCCACCAAUGCCCUGCUAGCCAUCGCAGUGGACAGGUACAUGGCUAUCGUUCAUCCCCUGAAACCCCGUAUGAAGUAUCAGACAGCGUACUGGAUUAUUUUUGGAGUUUGGAUGAUCCCUGUGCUCAUCGCAGUGCCGUCGGCAUACUUCGCUACAGAGCACGAGUACCCGCACAGCACGCUCGGCCACCACAAAAAGAUCUUCUGCGCUCAGAUCUGGUCUGCAGAUCAACAGCUCAUGUAUCGGUCGUACUUCCUCUUCAUCUUCAUCGUGGAGUUCCUGGGGCCCGUGGUGACCAUGUCAGUCUGUUACGCGCAGAUCUCCAGGGAGCUGUGGUUCAAGAACCUCCCGGGAUUUCCGACCGACCAACUGCGUAAACGGCUCCGGAGUCGGCGCAGGACGGUGGUGGCACUGAUUGCAGUUCUGGUGGUGUACGUUCUGUGCUGGGCACCGUAUUAUAGUUUCACACUGCUGCGUGACUUCUACCCGAUGCUGAUCACACGCGGCCGUAACUCGCUGGUCGUUUUCUACAUCAUCGAAUGCAUCGCUAUGAGCAACGGGGUCAUUAACACUCUGUGUUUUGUCAGCGUUAGGAACAAUGCCACAAAGUGCCUCAGAGCCGUCAAACUCACUAACUGGCGUUCGCUAACGAGGGCGAUCGUUGGCAAGAUGGCCGAAGACGACAUCAGGACUUCAUCCUUGCGAGUGACAGAGGACGUGGAAUGUACACGAAUAAAGAGAAAUGAUGGAGAAAUAAACUAGGAGGUGAUACAAGGCCUUAACAAUGACAUCAUGUGUGUCUUUCAAAUUUUGGAAGUAGCCACACGCAUGAACACUUAUGGGAACAAAUAAAUGAAGAAUUAGCCUCCUUGUUUUGGAAGCCAGAGCAACAGAAUUACCACUGCAAGAGGUUCAGAUCACAUGAUAGACCAAUGAAUUAAACUGAUGAGAGACUGGCUUGUGUAAAUGCUCCCAAAUUAAUAUACUUAUGUUAAAUUCACUACUGAAAUAAUUUGAUUAGCAAAAACAUUGCUUCAAAGACCCCCUGAUGUCAACAUGCAUUUUCAGUGAUCAAUGUAGAUUUUCUGAAGGUGAUAGACCAGAAAUGAUGUUGCAGAUCGAAACACUGAAUUAACAGAUUAAGUGCCAGAAUUUAAUGUUCAGUUUGUAAAUACUAUUCAGACUAAUGUUCAAAAAAGUGGCUGUACCUAAAUUUUUGCUAAACAUUUCCAGUUUCCAUCUAAAAUGGACUAUAUCAGUGGAAUGCCAACUUUUAUUGCUUUUCACACAAAUCAUAGGAGCAGAUUAUCAGUUAAUAAAGGCUUUUUCAUGCAGUUCUUUGCACAAUAUGCAACCUCAAAACACUUUUAUGACUUGUCAACUAAUAUAUUCUGAUGUAGUAAACUUGUUGGGUAGUGCACCUGGUACCGUGUUGCAUUUACCAUGUGUUGGGCUUGUGUAAAAGACUUGUGAAACAAUUGACAAUAAAAGAACUCAAACACUAAUAGAAGCAA